GGUGUAAGGAAGACGGAAGGUAGGAAGGAAAGACAAAGGGAGGGAGGGAGGAGGGAGGAAGAGAGGCAGGAGGAAGGGAGGAGGGAGGAAGGGAAGAGGGAAGAGGGAGGAAGGGAGGAGGGAGGAGGGAGGAGGGAGGAAGGGAGGGAAGAACAAAGAAAGGGAGAGAAGCGAAGAGGGAGGGAGGGAGGGAGGAGAAAGGGAAGGAGGGAGGGAGGAGGGAGGAAGCGAGAAGCGAGGAGGGAGGAAGCGAGAAGCGAGGAGGGAGGAGGGAGGAAGGGAGGAGGGAGGAGGGAGGAGGGAGGAGGGAGGGAGGGACUGGAUAAGGAGGCUAGGUAGGAAGGAAGCAUCAUGGGGGUAUCACCUUCUUUGUUCCAAUGUCUGCGAUUUCUAGAUUGCACUUCCAUGGAAGAAGUGGCGAAAAGGCACCUCGGACGUGUCCUGAAGAAUGGUGAAUUUAUCAGUAGAAAUGCUCAAGAAGCCAUCGCCCUCUUUGAUGUGCUUGUUGACGGAAAUAUUAUGGUUCAGAGCUUCCUGACCGAUCUAUUUUUGAAGGCCGACAACUUAUGUGAACCUGAUCAACAGUCCACUUGCAACCCCUUUGUCGUCGUGUCUCUGAAAUCGGAAAAGGAGAGCAUUUGGAGAGAGGUUGCCCGCACGGAAAUCGUCUUCGGUUCUGCUUGCCCACAAUGGUUGACUCCUAUUCGCAUAUCAUACAGAUUCGAGCAAGUGCAGAAACUAAGAUUCUCGAUGUUCAACGCGCAUCCGAGUGUCAAAGACCCUGCAGACUCCGAUGUACUCGAGUUGGAAGAGCAUGCCUUCUUGGGAGCCACAGAGUGCUGCUUGUGUGAGAUGGUGGUAUCGGCAGAGAAGUCCAAGACGUUGCAGGUGGAUUUGCGAAGUCAGGGUGGACGUACGGAAUCACUUACACCAGCUGGAGAUGCGCAAUGCGGGAGCCUGACUGUGUCGGCAGAGAAGGUGUUGAUGUCGAACGCACAAGUGGAAAUGACGCUGGCAUGUCGUGGCUUGGCGGACAGGAAGAAGAGCGACGGGAACACCAGCCAUCCGUUUCUGAUGAUAUCCCGUGCGAGCGAUGGGGAGGAGUACAUGGGAGUGUACAAGACCGAAGUUGUCAUGAACAAUAGUGUGAAUCCGACAUGGAUGCCAAUACACAUACCGUUACAGCAACUGUGUAACGGUGAUGUCGACCAGCCGCUGUUGAUCGAGUGUUUCGACUUCGAGCCGGACGAGGUCGAUGGACCACAGUAUGACCUGAUUGGCCAGGUGCUGGUGCCCUUUAGAAGCCUACAGGACGUCUCCGGAACCGGUGAAGGUUUUGAACUGGAGAGACCUCCAAAUCAGCAGAAUUACAGCAACACAAAGGCUCCCAAGAUCAUCGGCAAGGUAUUCUGCUUGAGUCUUCGACUGGAAAACGAGCCGAGUUUUCUCGACUACAUCUUCGGGGGUUGUGAGAUCGGGUUUAUGGUCUCGAUAGACUUCACGAGCUCGAACGGUCCACCCGAGUCGCCGAUGUCGCUGCACUACCUUGACCCAGGCACGAAGCUCAACCCGUAUCAGGCUGUGAUUUCUUCGGUGGGAAAGGUUGUGGAUUUCUACAACGCAAACAAGGUUUACUGUGCGUACGGGUUCGGGGCGCUUGUUGGGAUCGGGACAAUCUCUCAUUGCUUCAAUCUCAACGGGCAGGCAACAUGCCCAGAAGUGUCCGGUGUGAAAGGGAUUCUUGAUGCGUAUCAAACAUCGCUCCAGAACGUCACACUGGCCGGACCUACACUCCUUGCACCAACCAUCCGGGAAGCAAUGAGGGUUGUUUCUCAGUCGAGCCCCAUGGGAGCGGUGGGGCCCGCAUACCAGCGAGAGCAGAAAUACCAUAUCCUCCUCGUUGUCCUUGACGGGGUGAUAAAUGACAUGGAGGCCACGUGGAAUGCCCUCGAGGAGGCAUCGCAGCUCCCGCUCUCCGUAGUGAUUGCCGGGGUUGGGGAUGCAGACUUCUCCAGCAUGGAGGUUCUGAACGAAGAGAACCGGCAUUCGCGUACAAGACAGAGUGAAGGAAGGAACAUAACGCGAUUUGUGGCAAUGAACCAGAUGGCAGACAGCGAUAUUAUGCUUGCAAGCGAGCUCUUGUGUGAUUUGCCGGACCAUCUGGUCGAGUUCAUGCGAAUGAGAGGGAUUGUGCCGAACCAGCCGACAACAGCAGUGUCGGCCGAAGAAAUAGCGCACGUAAAUGCCGACGUUUAGCUCUCCUUUUCCAAACCAAAGAAAAAAAGAAAAAAAAGAGGCCCUCUCCUCUCGCCUGACCGUCGGUCGUCAGUCGAUCCUCUUUGAACGAGAGGGAGGGCUACAGCUCCCAUCCAUCUGCAAAUGCUGAACGGCUUUCGCAAACUUCUCUCCACUCUCGGUGCUGACUGACCGACUGACCGACUGCUGCUGUCUCCAGUCGAUCACUGUCUCUGCAUACUAGCGAAACAACCCACCCUCCCUCCCUCCCUUUCCUUCCUUCCUUCCUCAGGGCACACUCACACUAGCGCUUUCCUAAAUGCAUCUGACUGCAAUUGCGUCCAGAGCUCAGUGAGCAAAAGUCCUAGUGCGAAUAUGCCCUCAAGGUUGUAAUCCAGUAAGCUGACUGUUCUCAAACUGCUAUCGGUUAUGUCAUUUCCGCAGUUAAUGGUUCUGCCGGUCCUUCUGUUGGGGGAGAAUUGUAGAGGGUGUUAUACAGUUAUAGCAAUCUCGAACUGAACUGUCCCAAAGGGAAGAGAGUUAGAAAAGGUCGACUCCUCUGUUGACGUGAUUGACCGACUUGUGUUUGUUUGUUUGUUUGUUUUUUCGUGAAGAAAACACAAUGUCGAUGGCAGGAUCAGGCUUUCGACGGACUGACUUGUUGAUUGACAUGUAUAGGAACAGUGGUUUGAUUGUUGAGAUGGAUAGGCAGCAAUGUCCAGUCACUCCAGUGUGUAUAUCAUUCAGCCUAAUGACGACGGGCUACUCGUCGGCCAUAAUUUUUUUCGGCACUUACUGCUACCUUUGUGAGUCUUCUGUCGCUCUUGCCAUGUCAUGUCAUAUCCUGCCUGCACUUUUUGCAAACAGGAUGCGAUUGCCUUCAUUUAAAAAAAGGAAAAAAAAAAAAAAAAAAAAAAAGGAAGGGAUGUGAUUGCCUUCCAGCGAUUGCCUUUUGGCCGCCAACUCAAUGGCUUGGCAACAGCUGCAAAAGCUGUGCGCUGCUUGGCGGGGAUGCAGUACCCAGGGAUCCUCGCUUUUUCUUUUUUUUUUUUUUGCAUGGGUGGUCGACUCUGCCAGCCAUGCUCAUUGCUCUUAGAACAUGUGGGAUUACCAAUUUACCAGUUAUCAAAUUUUGUGAAGGGAAUCCUUUUUGGUGUGUAGUGUGACUUGGAGUGUCUCCUAGGAACAAUGGGCGAUGUUCAACCACGGAUGCACUGAUCGAAAACUGCUCUAUGGCUGACAGGUAUGGUGGACAAGGGUUGGUGACAGGUAUCCUUGGAAAAAAAGGGAUGGUGGAUAGGUAUGGUGAACAAACAGGUGACAGGUAUGAUAGGGGACAGGAAACAGGAAAAAGAAGUGUGCUGUGGAACUUGAUAGGUAAUACUGGACAGGUAAGGCUGAAAGGUAUGGUGGACUGGUAUGGUGGAAAGGUGACAGGUAUGAUAGGCGACAGGAAAGAGAAGUGUGUUGGCAUGUUGAGAGAUAUGGUGGGCAGGAGACAGGUAUGGUGGAGGACAGUGGACAGCUGACAGGUAUAGUGGAUUAGGAAAGAGAAGUGGGUUGGCAUGUUGAUAGGUAUGGUGGACAGGUGACAGGUAUGGUGGACAGGAAAGAGAAGGUGCUAGUACGGUGGAUAGGUAUGGUGGACAGGAACGAGAAGUGUGCUCGUACGGCUCACUGGUAUGGUCGACAGCUAUGGUGGACAGGUACGAUGGACAGGAAAGCAAAGUGUGCUGGUAUGGUGGACAGGGAAGAGAAGUAUGCUGGUAGGGUUAAUAGGUAGGGUGGACAGGUGACAGCUAUGGUGGACAGGAACAUGAAGUGUGCCCGUACGGUUGACAGGUAUGGUGGACAGCUAUGGUCAACAGCUAUGGUGGACAGGAAAGAGAAGUGUGCUGCUAUGGUUGGCAGGUAUGGUGGACAGGAAAGAGAAGUGUGCUGCUAUGGUUGAUAGGAUGGGGGACAGGUGAAAGGUAUGGUGGACAGGGGAGGAAAGUGUGUCACAUUAAAUUUUACGUUGUCACUGGCAGGUAUGGUGUGGUUAUGUGAUUCUGACAGUUUACGACAUCAAGUUGGUCUGCUGCCUUGGGUAUGGAAAAAUUCCGCGGCGAGGUCAUCGAGCAGGUCAUUGAUCAGGUCAUCGAUCAGCAGUAAGAGAUAGUUGCAGUCGUCACUCGGUCUGUAUAUAGACACUAAAAAGAACGUUUCAUUUUUGUAUCAUGUGAGUGAAAAAACUCUGAAAAUUUAUGUGAUAAAUUGAUUGAUAAUUA